UUUUGUCUUCUUAUACAUAUUACUCUCUCUGUUAUCAAUGACAUACGUUUUUUUUUCUUUUUUCUUUCUGGGUUUGAUAGUCUCUGUGAUUGUGUAUAUAAACAUAUAUAUAGAUAUAUACAUGAAUUUUCAAAUUAGGUCACUUAUGUUUUGCUGUACUGGAAGCAUUCAAUCCCCAGAAAUCCCAGGAGAGUGAAAACCAAAUCCGGAGAGUCAUAGUUUUAAAAUCUCUAUUAAUAUGCUUGUUUCAUAGGCAUCAAUGUCAUCUUGUUGUGGCCUUCCUCUUCUUGAAUGUGUAUACUGUUUGGCUUGUGCUCGUUGGGCUUGGAAGAAAUUUCUCUAUGCUGCAGGCAAUGAAAGUGAGAAUUGGGGGCUUGCCAGUGCUGAAGAAUUUGAGCCUGUACCACGCAUUUGUCGGUAUAUUCUAGCAGUCUAUGAAGAAGAUCUUCGAAACCCAAUUUGGGCUCCCCCGGGUGGGUAUGGUAUGAAUCCUGAUUGGGUAGUGUUACGAAAAAAUGAUGAAGAAACCCAAGGGAGGGUUUCUCCAUACAUGAUUUACCUUGACCAUGAUAAUGCCGAUAUACUUUUAGCCAUUAGGGGGCUUAAUAUGGCAAAAGAAAGUGAUUUUGCGGUCUUACUUGACGACAAAUUGGGGCAGACGAAAUUCAAUGGGGGUUAUGUUCAUAAUGGGCUAUUGAAGGCAGCAAAUUGGGUUUUGGAUGUAGAAUGUGAGAUUUUGAGGGAACUAGUUGAGAGGAAUCCGAGCUAUACUUUGACGUUUGCCGGGCAUUCAUUAGGGGCGGGGGUAGUAACAUUGUUAACAAUAUUGGUCAUUCAGAAUCGAGAAAAAAUGGGAAAUAUUGAGAGGAAAAGAAUCAGAUGUUUUGCAAUUGCUCCUGCUCGGUGUAUAUCACUAAAUCUGGCUGUGAGAUAUGCGGAUGUCAUCAAUUCUGUUGUGCUUCAGGAUGAUUUCUUACCCCGGACAACCGUGGCUCUGGAACAACUUUUCAAGUCAGUUUUCUGCUUGCCAUGCUUAUUAUGCAUAAUGUGCCUGAAGGACACAUGCACACUAGAGGAGAAGAUCCUUAAAGAUCCUAGGCGGCUCUAUGCACCUGGUCGUCUCUAUCACAUCAUUGUGCGGAAGCCUUUCAGGAUAGGAAAAAUCCCCCCAGUAGUGAGGACAGCAGUACCUGUAGAUGGGAGGUUUGAACACUUAGUCCUGUCUUGCAACUUAACUUCUGACCAUGGCAUUGUAUGGAUAGAGAGGGAAUCCCAAAGUGCUUUUGAUCUAAUGAUGGAGAAAGAGCCGAUCAUGGAGAUCCCGCCACAGCAGAGGAUGGAGCGACAAGCCUCUCUUGCCAGAGAACAUAGUGAAGAGUACAAGGCGGCAUUGCAGAGGGCAGUUGCACUAGAUGUUCCUCAAGCAUUCUCGCCUUCUUCAUACGGAACAUUCCAUGAAAUAGAGGAAGGAGAUGAUUCAGGCAAAUUACAGAGAGAAUCACCGUUCCAAGGAAUAGAGAGAGGAGAUGAUUCAGGCAGAUUACAGAGAGAAUCAUCACCGUUCAUGUUGCCAAAUAGGAGGAAAGAAAACUGGGAUGAGUUGGUGUAUCGCCUUUUUGAUGUAGACGAGUCGGGCCACAUGGUACUGAAGAAAUCAUAGGCCAUUUAGACACUCAUUUAUUUAUUUAUUUAUUUUUCACUUUAAUUGAGUUUCUGUUUGAUUCUUGACGCAAAGGGGUCAGUGUUGCUUCAGUUGUGUCACAAGGACAAAUUGUAAAAUGUGUAAAAUGUGCAUUUUUUCAUGAUUUUAUUAGCAGCUUAUGUGUAUUAACCUGA